GGCCCUCCUGGAAAGCUCGUUCAGUAUAUAUACCUCUCUGAAGCUUUGACAGGAUUCAUCGCACUACCUCAAAUACUCCAAGUCUGCACAAAACAUCACUACCAUUAUGAGCUUUGUGCACUACAACGGAGUACCUAAUUCCUCUGCAUCAGCAUCGGGGAACUCGGGCCAUUAUCUCGGAGAAACGUUCUUUUGUAUGUGGGAUCAUAUCCAAGGAUUGCAUUGCAAUCACUUUUUUUAUGGUUACAAUCUCAACACUCACCUACGCGACGUUCACGGCAUUCACGGGCCUGACAAAUAUCGCGUUCUGUGCAAAUGGAAUGGUUGUGGUCUGGAAGUCAAUAAGGAGAGUCUCGGGAGGCACGUCGAGGAAAAGCAUAUGCGCAUCAUACACUCGUGCGAGUGCGGAAAAACGUUCUCGCGUAGAGAUACUCUCAGCAGACACAGAACAACUUGCCCUCAUCACAACUAGAUAGAUAUCCUUUUGACGUGGGUAGACGCUGGCGUGUACCCAGCCUGGUCGGAGGGUUCCUACAUAGUCGGCGGAUCUUAUGGUAUUUAUCUUCUAUGUCAUGAUUCAGCAGUGCUUCUAUUGGUCUACGUAGCUUAUGAUACGAUGCACUUACUAUGUCCUCUGUUUUACUACCCUGGUAGUAAUAUUUAUGUUCAGUCCAAACCAAAUACCAACUUGGUUGGUAGUGGUGUCGUCAAAUUUACA